AUGGCUAACACUCACUAUUUAUCCGUGACGUUGUCUGAGUUCCAGAAGGAUCUCGUUGAGAUUCUUGUUGCGAUGCACCAGAAGAACCUCCAGACGGAGUUGUACGGUUUGAAAGAUGAUCAAUCUGCCGCUGCGGCAUCCAAAUCACAGUUGUCGCAACACCAACACUAUGCAUACCCACAGCUGUCAUCCACGCAGAUGACAUACAUGUUUGACUCACAUAUCAGAAACCUAGCGAACCACCCGUGUCUGUUGGUGGACCACUAUAUGCCACGACAGUUCCUCAAGAUGGAACCCAUCGCGAGACUGAUCCAAUCCUCCGGGAAAUUUAAUGUGUUACAACACUUGCUGUCCGUGCUGACAAACACUACAGGGACGGACUCUCGGCCAUUGAAGAUCGCACUUGUCGCGCAUAGUAUCAAAGAGCUGGAUAUUCUGGAGGGGUUGCUUCUCGGACAACAGUUUCGAUUGAAGAGGUUGUCCGGCACGUCGCUAUGCGACGAGGGCCACGUGUUUGUAAGGCAGAAUGAUCUUUCUGAGGGCACUGAUACGGGUACCAUGGGCACUGUUGGCAGCAAUGCCACUGGACCCAUGGGGGACUCCUCAACAAGCUCAUCAAACAAGAGCCCUCAGGCUUCAUCUUCGAUUUACACCAGAGACGAUUACCAUUACGACAAGACAUCAAGAGCCGCGGGAGACACAGAUUCGCGCAACUGGCUGUUUCUCGCUACAACGAAGCAUUUACUGCAUAACGAAUCACUCCUGCAACAGUAUGACACAGACCUGAUAUUAGCCUUCGAUCCGCUUUUGGACACAACGUUGAAAAGUAUUCCGGUGUUACCAUCGGGGAACACAAUCCCAAUUGUUAAGCUGCUAGUGAGAGAUUCGCCGGAUCAUUAUAUUAUGGCUAAGGGACUGGCAAACAGUACCAACGAUCAUGAGCUAGAUUACAAGAUAUUAAAGGAGUCUCUGCAGUACUUUUUGAGAUACAGAAAGGUCGAUAGUAGCGCCAAUGACGAUAUCGACUACAAACGUUUUAUCAGUGAUGUGCUCUCCGCUUCCGAUGACAAACACUGCGAUUUACCGCUGAGGGUGGAUGAUGAACUUACAGAUGGUGAUAUAACAGCGCCGCAGUUUUACACCGAUUUCGGAACUCGGAAAGACAUUGUGGCAUCCAAUACAGUGUUCAACGUGAAAAAUUACCAGAGAGAACUAAUGCAGAGGACUAUGGAUCGUUUACAGGACAUUAACACACAGUUCCACUCUAACAAGGAAAAACUUGUUACAAGACAGCUCUUGGAGACGGAGAGACAAAACAAGCUGGAUUUCUUGAAACACGAUGGGGUGGGGGUCAACUUCAAGAGUCUGGAGGCCCUUCAGAAGGAGCAGCUGGAUUCAGAGAAGCGGCUAGAAAGGGUCACCGCUGAACAUGAGAAACUGGGCAGGAGGAGGGAGAAGCUAAUGGAACAAGUAACUGCUUUGAAGAGACUCAGAGCUGAUGCCCACGAUCCCUUUAAGUUACAGGGAAAAAUUACCGAAUUUAAGGAGCAAAUAGCCAAACAAAAGCAAGAGAGAAACCAACUGCUGGAAAAAAACUUCUCCCUUAACAGCAGAAGUAAUGAGCUACGUUCGGACUAUCAGCAAAAGUCGGCAGAUGCAGCCGCGAGGUCGUUAGAACUGGCAUCCCUAAAGAAGACUCAAGAAGAAGCUCUUAAGAGAAAAAAUGGUCCACUGGCAUCACAAUUGAAUUAUCUGGCCCUUGUACAAACCCAAGCCAGUCUCAGGGAUGAAGCAAGCCAGUGGGCAGAGGAGAACAGCUUCCUCUCACAGUACACCAAGAAACUUAACGAAUUGUACGAGACGAAACAUACCACUAAGAAACCGGUUAAGCAAUCGAAGAGGGGUUCUGGUAGGUAUCGAUCUACAAGAUCAACCUCUCCAAGUUACGUCUAA